GUGACCGUCGUAAAAGUUUGGUUUCUCCUUAGUAACGAACAACGCAGAAGUCAUGGCGGCGUUAGUGACAGAGGCUCGUGUGCUCGAAGGUCCCGGCGCCGCCGGAGAUAGGCGCCCGACCCAGGAGCUGAGCCAAGCAGUGAGUCGCCUGCUUCCAGGCUUGGAAGCCGAGAGCAAGCUAAGCCGGCGCCGGGCCCUAGAGGGCCUUCAGCGGGAACUCGAAGAAGGUGCCCCGCAGCCUCCAAGUGCCGACUUCCAGGAACUCUUCGGCCGCCUGCUCCUGCCUCGGCUGCUCCGCUGCCUGGGAGACCCGGCUGAGAAGUGCCGGGCCCUGGCCGUGCAGCUCCUGCGCCUGGGCCUGAGCCAUGGAGCCCGGCCUCAAGACGCGCUGCCGCAGCUCCUGCCCGCCGUCACGCAGCGCUUGGCCGGCGUGGGCUCCGGGCCGCUGGUGGAGCCGUGCGAGGAGCUGCGUCUGGCCCUCGUGGAGCUGCUGAGCCUCGUGGUCCAGCUGUGCGGCCGGAGCCUGGCCCCCUACCUGGAUGAGAUGGUGCGCAUCCUUCAGAGGACCAUCGUGGACCCUUUCCCCGACGUCAAGAGGGAGAGCUGCAAGCUCGCGGGGAACUACGCGCAGAGCAUCCCAGAUCAUUUCCAUAUGCAGUCGGAAUCCUUAAUCGCCCCUCUCAUGCAAACGAUUUCACACCAGCACUCCAAGGUCCGAGUGGCCGUGAUUCAGGCCACGGGGUUGGUCAUACAGUUUGGCAAUGCCAAGUCAGUGGAUGAUGUUAUUUCUCACUUUGCACAAAGGCUGUUUGAUGAUGUCUCCCAGGUUCGGCAUGCUGUGACUUCUGUUGUUGGAAACUGGCUGUUACAUUUGAGAGACAGAUAUUCAUUCUUUCAUAAGCUAAUUCCUUUGUUACUGAGCAGCUUUGAUGAUGAAAUCCCUGAAGUCACGGAAUUGGCUGUCAGCCUCUGGGAGAAGAUAGGUCUACAGUGGCAAAAAGAAAAUGAAGAUGAUCUGAAGGAUAAGCUUGAUUUUGCUUCUCCUCCACCAUUCCAUUACCCUAAAGGAGUGAUUCGCCCAGGAUUGGGAUGUCGAGAACUUGUUUUCAGAAACCUCUCCAAAAUUCUCCCAGCCAUCUGUAAUGAUAUAACAGACUGGGUUGUGGGAAAUAGAGUAAAAUCAGCUCAGCUUCUGGCUGUCUUGUUACUCCAUGCAGAAGAUCACAUUACACAGCACUUAGAAAUAGUGCUCAGAACCCUUUACCAAGCAUGCUCAGAUGAUGAAAAGUCUGUGGUUAGCAAUUGUAUAAAAUCAGCAGAGUUGAUUGGAACAUUUGUCAACCCUGAAGUCUUUCUGAAAUUAAUCUUGCCAGCACUGAAAAAAUCACUUCGUCCAUCUUGUUUCAUGGUCCUGGCUGCAGUUAUUAGAGGCUGUUCAAGACAAUCCCUUAAACCUCAUCUAAAUAGCAUUGCCAGCUACCUGUCACAGACACAGAUUUGUCAAGGAUCUGAAGAUAGCCAUUAUAUGGAGCAAUUGCUUUGUUGUGUACAAGCAUUAAUUCAGGUGGGUCAGGAAGAUUGCAAAGAAUCAAGUUUGCAACUCAUGGAAGUUUUGGUGACAGUUAUGGCAGUCGCAGGUGCCGCAGGCCUUCAUGAUAAGGUUCAGGAGACAAUGAACUUACUAGCUCUGAUGCAGAAAUGUGAUGGAACUCUGGAUCUCUAUCAACAGCAUAUAGACCAGCUUAUGGAAUGGCUCACUUUAUCACAUCAGAAUUGGAACUGUCAUUCGGUUGAGCUACUACAAUUUGAAGUAGUCAUCACUCAGUCAGGUCCUGUAUUAGGUAAAGCUCUUAACUACUUUAUUCCUAUCCUUAAGACUUGUCUUCAACCAACCAAAGAUCCACAAAUGCGCCUAAAGUUCUUCACAAUUUUAUCACAAGUACUUUUAAAAGCAAGCAGUACUGUGGAUUCUCAACAACAGUUUCAUGGCCACCUUGAGACAGUGAUAAAAGAUAUAUUGGUUCCUAAUCUUCAGUGGCAUGCUGGAAGAACAGCCGCUGCCAUUCGCACUACAGCUGUAUCAUGCCUUUGGGCUCUUAUUCACAGUGAGAUACUUUCAUCAAAACAGAUAAUAGAAAUACAAGAACUAUUGAUGCCUCAGAUUAUUAACACACUGGAAGAAGAUUCUAAAAUGACUCGAUUAAUGUCAUGCCGUAUUAUUAACAUAUUUUUAAAGUACUGUACUGACAUAGCUGAUCCAGAUAAAUUCAUCAAGAUUUAUCCUGAACUCUUGAAACGCCUGGAUGAUGCUUCAAAUGAAGUACGAAUAGCAGCUACAAGUUCCUUAAUUAGCUGGCUUAAGUGUAUCAGAAAUGAUGAUGAUAAAAAAUCCUUCUAUAAAGGCAACAUACAAUAUCUUUACAAAGAGUUGUUGGUUCACCUUGAUGAUCCAGACAGUACAAUUCAGGAUGCAGUAUUAGGGGUUUUAAAGGAAGGAAGUAUUCUAUUUCCUGACUUACUGGUGGAAGAAAUUGAGGCUGUUAAAUACAAACAUCGAUCUCUAGUUUAUUGUGAACAGCUUUUGCAGCACGUCCAGUCAACUAGAGGUAUCCUCUAAUUACAAGAUUGAGGAAGUAGUCAAUUUUUUGCGAUUUUUGGAGUUGUAAUCUAAUAUCAGAAGUCUAUCCUUUUUUGGGACAGUAGUUGAUGGUACUUAAUUCUACAAGCAGAAUUUUUUUUUUUAAAUUAACAACUCAGAAAGCAAGAAAUUAAUAUAGUAAAAAAAAAAAAAGUUCUCUUUUUAACACAUAUACAGUAGUCUAGGAAAACAUGUUCUCUUGUGAACUUCUAAUAAUUUUUAAAAACAAUAUUAAUGUCCAUUAAAUGGAUUCUCUACUCAUGUCUAAUUUAUAUAGUUCCUUUUUUUGGAUUAGUGAGUUACUGAUAUCAUAUUGAUUUGAUACAAAGUGGCCAGGAUUUUAAUUAUAAUUAAUUUCUUUUUCAAUAAUUUUUAAAAGUAGAAAAAGCGAGAACAUAUUUAUCUAUUGCUUGAGUUCUGUGUGGUAUAACUAAUAGGUAAAGAUUUUGUUUUGAAGAAUUGUCACAAGUCAAAUGUUCACCAUUCUUGACAGAUUAUAAUCUAAUAUGAAGAUAGUCAUUCUUGAAGAAAAAAAAAUUUAGAUUGAUAGUGCUGAAAUCUAAAUAAAGAAUUGGAUGUAAUUUUAGUUGUUUUCUUAUAAAAGAAAUAAUAAAACACUUUUUUUAUUUUUAAAGGUGUCAGAUGUUUCACAAUGAUUAUUUCUCGGCACCUUCUUUUCUAAAGUGCCUUAUAGACUUAAAUUUUCAAGUAUAUAUUGUCCCUAUAGGGCAACAUUUAUAUUAAUCCAAGGAAAAGGUAGCACAUUUAUUUCUUUUUUGAAAUGAUUGAUUAUAUGUCACUUAAAAUUUGGCAUUUUAUGUUGGAAAAUGUAAUUAAAAUUUUCUGUUUUAUAA